CGGAAGUCCCGCUGGGUUGAGUUGGUGGUGGAUUUGCCUGCGUGCCCUGUAGGUUGGAUCGGGGAGUCGUCAUGGCGCCCAAAGGAAAGGUAGGAACCAAAGGCAAAAAGCAGAUAUUUGAAGAGAACAAGGAUACGCUCAAGUUCUACCUGCGCAUCAUCCUAGGGGCGAAUGCCAUUUACGGAAUUGUCAACCUUGGGAUCUUCUAUAUAACAGCCACCAUUUGGACGUGGGUUGCCUUUGUGUUCAGCUUGAUGGUCUACGGGGCCAGUUACCAAUCCAUGAGAUCAAUGGCAAAGCCUACUUUUGCAGAGGGCGGUAGCCUCGCCGAUGGCGGAAUUGAUCUGAAUAUGGAGCAGGGAAUGGCAGAGCACCUGAAGGAUAUGAUUUUGCUUACCGCCAUUGUCCAAGUGCUCAGUUGUUUUUCCCUCUAUACGUGGUACUUUUGGCUCUUGGCUCCAGGGCGAGCGCUCUAUCUCCUUUGGGUGAACCUUCUGGGGCCUUGGCUCACCGCGGAAUCGCCAGCUGUCAAUCAAGAGCCCAACGAGAAGAAACAGCGCCGGCAAGAACGCCGGCAGAUGAAACGGUUUUAGCUGCGCUCCUGAGCAUGAAUGUCACGCCACUUGGGGGGGUCUCCAUGUGGCUGUUUUAUCAGGGAUUUGAACCAAUCAGAAAACAUCAGGGGAUUUUUUUCCCCCCUCCCCGUCCUCCCUUAUUCUUCCCCUGGUCCCUGUUCAUCCUAAGGCUAGAGGUCUUGCCACGGGCGGGGGUGGGGGCGAGCCCCAGGCAAAUCUUUCUGCUUUUUUCCCCCUGCCUUAUGGCAGGGGGAGGGGGAUCGUGGUGAGAAGGCUGCGGGUGUGUAAAUACCUUUCUAAAAUGAGGCUGUAAUGUGAAUCGGACGAUGAAGGCCUUUCCGUGUUGGAAGCAGUGACGCAUUAAAGAGAGAUGCACGCACGCGCAAAAUGUUUGCCAUGUGAAGGCUUGCAGUUC